CGCCUUCGACCAUGGCGGAGACAGACAUCAAGAAAGUAUCCAUCCUUGGCAAGGAAUCUAUUCAUGCUGGCUUCCACCUCGUUCCCUACAUCGUCCGCACCGUCCUCGAGACCCUCCCUGCCUCUGCCUAUGCGCUCGUCACCGACACCAAUAUCGCCGGUCUUCAUCUGACGGCAUUCGAAGAAGAAUUUAAGAGGAGCUUCGAGAGCUCCGGUAGCAAAGCCAAGUUUUUGACCUACAUCGUCCCUCCUGGCGAGACCUCGAAGAGCAGAGAUGGAAAGGCGGAAAUCGAGGACUUUUUGCUCCUCAACCGAUGCACUAGGGACACUGUUGUCCUCGCCCUUGGGGGAGGUGUCAUCGGAGAUCUCGUAGGAUUCGUAGCCGCUACUUUUAUGCGCGGAUGCCGUUUCGUACAAAUCCCGACCACUUUGCUCGCCAUGGUUGACUCGAGCGUUGGCGGCAAGACUGCCAUCGACACGCCCCAUGGGAAGAAUCUGAUUGGCGCCUUCUGGCAGCCGGAAUACAUCUUCAUUGAUGCUGCUUUCCUGGAGACGCUCCCUGCUCGCGAGUUUUCCAAUGGCAUGGCCGAGGUUGUAAAAACCGCUGCCAUUUGGGAUGAAAAUGAAUUCGCCGCCCUCGAAUCCCGCUCCGCCGAGAUCUUCGCCGCCAUUCAAACCCCCUCCCAAAACUACUCCGGACGCACCAAAUCUACCCGCUCCGCCGCACAGGACCUCCUUCUCUCCAUCAUCGUCGGCUCCAUCUCCGUCAAAGCCCACAUCGUGACCAACGACGAGCGCGAACUCACCGGUCUUCGUAACCUAGUCAACUUCGGGCACACCAUCGGACAUGCCAUCGAGGCCAUCCUCACGCCCAACAUGCUACACGGCGAGUGCGUUGCCGUCGGUAUGAUCCUCGAAGCGGAGGUGGCGAGGCAGUUGGGGAAGUUGGGACAGGUUGGAGUGGGGAGGUUGACGAGAGCGUUGAAAGCAUAUAACCUGCCCGUAUCGCUCACGGACCCGCAUAUCGCGAGUUUACCGAGCUCGAGGUUGUUGACGGUGGAUAGGCUGUUGGAUAUCAUGAAGAUCGAUAAGAAGAACAGUGGACCGGAGAAGAAGAUCGUCAUUCUGAGUGCGAUUGGGAAGACAUGGGAGCAGAAGGCGAGUGUGGUGAAGGAUAGCGUUAUUGCGAAGACGCUUUCGGAGGCGGCGAAGGUUGUGCCAGGGAAACCAAGUCAGGAUCCUAUCAGGAUGGCUACGCCUGGGUCGAAGAGUAUCUCGAACCGUGCUUUGGUGCUCGCUGCGUUGGGGAAGGGCACCUGCAGGCUGAGCAACCUGUUGCACUCGGAUGACACCCAGGUCAUGAUGGCCGCUCUCGCUGAGCUCAAGGGUGCCAGCUUCGCAUGGGAAGAUGGUGGAGAGACCCUCGUCGUCCAUGGUGGCGAAGGCUCUCUCUCCGUUCCUCCCAAAGGCAAGGAGAUCUACCUCGGGAACGCUGGCACAGCCGCUCGCUUCCUCACUACCGUCUGCGCUCUCGUCCAACCCUCCGGUCUCGCGCCCACCACCAUCAUCACUGGUAACGCUCGGAUGAAACAACGCCCCAUUGGCCCUCUCGUAGACGCUCUUCGGGCUAAUGGUACCUCCAUCGAGUACCUCGAAUCCCAAGGCUGUCUGCCCCUCUCCAUUGCCCCUGCCGGCCUCAAAGGCUCACGCAUUCAGCUCGCAGCGACCGUCUCUUCGCAAUACGUCUCUUCCAUCUUGCUCUGCGCUCCUUAUGCUGCCGAACAAGUCAUCCUCGAGUUGACUGGUGGCCAGGUCAUCUCACAGCCUUACAUCGACAUGACCAUCGCGAUGAUGAAGACGUUCGGCAUCGAAGUCAAGCGCGAGACCGAUGCUGCUGGAAAGCUUCUCGAUGUAUACACCAUCCCGAAGGGGACAUACACCAACCCGUCCGUCUACAGCAUCGAAUCUGACGCCAGCUCCGCCACCUAUCCUCUCGCCAUCGCCGCCAUAACCGGUUCCUCGUGCACGAUCUCCAACAUUGGAUCUUCUUCUCUCCAAGGCGACGCCCGGUUCGCUAAAGAGGUUUUGGAGCCUAUGGGGUGUGAGGUGGUGCAGACGGAGACGGAGACGACGGUCAGAGGACCGAAGGUAGGGUCGUUGAAGGCGAUUGGGUUGAUUGAUAUGGAGCCGAUGACGGAUGCGUUUUUGACGGCGAGUGUGUUGGCGGCUGUGGCGGUGGGAGCGCCAUCUGAGGGGAGGGAGCUGGGAGAUGGGAGUCCGAAGAGCACGACGAGGAUUGUGGGGAUUGCGAAUCAAAGGGUCAAAGAGUGUAAUAGGAUACAGGCGAUGAUUGACCAGCUUGCUAAGUUUGGCAUCGAGACGAAGGAGCUAGACGAUGGGCUAGAGAUAUAUGGUCGCCCUAUCGAGGAGCUGAAGGAGGGUGCUAGCGUCCACUGCUACGAUGAUCAUCGUGUUGCUAUGGCGUUCAGCGUCCUUGGUGCUGCCAUCAAGGACACCAUUAUCGAAGAGAAACGGUGUGUUGAGAAGACUUGGCCUAACUGGUGGGAUGAUCUCGAGAACAAGAUUGGUCUCCACGUCGAAGGCGUCGAGCUCUCUAGCUCCACCGCCCAUGCCUCCGCUAGCAGGCCUAUCGACGGUGAAUCCUCCAAUUCCGUUGUCAUCAUCGGCAUGCGCGGCUCUGGCAAGAGCUACAUCGGUGAACUUGCCUCUACCACCCUCGACUGGCCCUUUAUCGACGCCGACACCUACUUCGAGCAGAAACUCAAGAUCGGCGUCCGAGAAUACGUCCAUCAGAAUGGUUGGCCUGCCUUCCGUACCACUGAGACCGAUAUCCUGAAGGAGCUCCUCCGCGACUUCCCUACCAAGCAUAUCAUCAGUCUCGGCGGUGGAGUCGUCGAAAGUCCCGCUGCGAGGGAGGUCCUCAAGGCGUAUGCUGCUUCGGGAGCUCCGGUCGUUCAUAUCGUACGCCAGAUCGACGAGGUGGUGAAGUAUCUCGGAGAGGAGACGGCCAGGCCUGCGUACGGAGAGCCGAUCAUGGACGUGUUCGCGCGCAGGGAGCCAUGGUUCGCAGAAUGUUGCAACUAUGAGUUCGUCAACUACACGGGCGCACUUACAAGUCAGGACGCCAUCCCUGCUGACGAUUCCACCAAGGCGCUGUACUCGACACCUCCUUGGGGCACGCGCGAAGAGGUAGCGAGAUUCUUCGGCCACGUCACUGGCCAGAAACCUAACGUCGCUCAGAACGUCACCCGUGGCAAGAGGUCAUACUUCUUGUCCUUGACUUUCCCAGAUGUCACUCCGGCUCUUGCUCAGCUCGAGACGAUCACCGCUGGUGCGGACGCUAUCGAGCUGAGAGUGGACUUGCUCCGUUCGCCGAAGGACUUUGAUCAUGUCGGUGCUUACGUCCCUCCUGCGGCCUACGUGACGGACCAGAUCUCUGCGCUUCGACAGAAAACGUCGUUGCCCAUCGUGUUUACGGCCAGGACGGUCUCCCAGGGUGGCUUGUUCCCCGACUCGUCGGUCAAGGAGGCCUUCGAACUCUUCGAUCUCGCUCUUCGUCUUGGUGUCGAGUAUAUCGACGUGGAGAUCAGCUGGCCAGAGAAGAAGAUCCGCGACUUGGUCUCACGCAAAGGUCAUUCGCAGAUCAUUGCGUCGUGGCACGACUGGAGUGGGAGGAUGAAGUGGAACACGCAGGAGGUGAAGGACAAGUAUGACCUCGCGAACACGUUCGGGGAUAUCGUCAAGAUCGUCGGGAAGGCCAACUCUUUGCAAGAUAACCUCGAUCUGCACGCGUUCGUGAGCAAGGUUACCGCUGCACUGGAUUCUAAGCCCGUUCUCGCGAUUAACAUGGGCGUCGAGGGACAGCUUUCGAGGAUAUUGAAUACGACGUUCAGUCCCAUCACCCAUCCUCUCUUGCCAAGCAAGGCUGCUCCUGGCCAGCUCUCGUUCGCAGAGAUCCAGAGCGCGCUGUAUUUGAUGGGUCAACUCCCGUCGAAGAAGUUCUACAUCUUCGGUACUCCUAUCGCUCACUCACCCUCCCCGACAUUGCACAAUACUGGCUUCAAGCUUCUGGGGUUUCCUCACAACUACGAGAUCCUUGAGACCACGGAGGUCGACAGCCAGGUACUUGUUACGAUCACUUCGCCCGACUUUGGCGGCGCCUCCGUCACGAUUCCGUUCAAACGCGAUAUAAUGGCCCAUCUUGACCAGCUCUCUCCCGAGGCUGAAGCCAUCGGUGCCGUCAACACGAUUAUUCCGGUCUACAAGUCCAAUGGCUCCCACAUCCUAUAUGGCGACAACACUGACUGGAAAGGUAUCAGCGCGUCCAUCCGCUCCCGUCUCCCCGCCAUCGUCCACAAGGUCGAAGUUGGACUAGUCAUCGGCGCCGGUGGAACCUCCAGGGCCGCGAUAUACGCUCUUCAUGCCUUGGGCGCCAAGAAGAUUUACAUCUUCAAUCGCACGAGGUCGAGCGCGGAGGUUCUUCUCCACGCCAUUCCAGGUGCCAACGUCGAGGUCAUCGACAGCCUGGGCUCGUGGCCUGGUCCUGCGCCAAGCGUCAUUGUGUCCACCGUCCCCGCUUCUGCUACCACCAUCGAGUCUGCGGCGACUAACGCCCUCGUUCUCUCUCCGUCGCUCUUCCGUCCUGAAGGUGGUGUCGUCGUGGAUAUGGCGUAUAAGCCGGCUGAGACGCCGUUGUUGGCGUUGGCGAAGAAAGAGCAGGCGUGGAAGGCGGUGAUGGGAGUUGAGGUGCUUUUAGAGCAGGGGUAUGAGCAGUUCCAAGCAUGGACGGGGAGAGUGUGUCCGAGGGAUGCGGUUGCGCAGAAGGUUUGGGAGAAGUAUACGAGUGCGUAAGGUGUCGGGUCGGUGAUUGGGAAUCUUCGUGUUGCGGGUGGCAUGUGGAAAAUACUUGCUCGUGUGAAUCGUUAUUUAUGUGUUGUACAUUGCAUCAGGAAAGAUGACCGGCUCUCUAGGGCUCUCCGGGCUCUCUGGAGGCUCUCUGAGCCUCCGAGCCUCCGCAGCAAUAAGGAGGGUAGAGCCCAGAGAGCCCAGAGAGCCGGCCACUUUCCCUGAUGUGGGCUGUGGGUGAAUAAACAAU